CUCUUAUAGAAUACCUAUUAUUUUAUACUCAUGUUGGUGUUUACCGAAUACCAAUGAAUUUACGGAAUAGUAAGUUUCAAUUUCACCCUUUUUUUUAUAAAAUUAUGAAGAGUUCAAGUUUUUUAACGGUAUACUCAUUCAACCAUUUGUCAGUUAUGUUUGAACUCACUGAAUUCCAAAAUUUUCUCUUGUCACAUAUUCGUUCGAUAUAAUCAUUUAAACUCUUCGAAUUAUUAUUGUAGGAAGGAUAUGUAUCCCUUCAAAAUGGAAAUGGUGGCAAAUGAAAUUGAUAAAACUAUUGAGUGUUCAGCUUUUGAAGAUGACUUCAAGACUCAUCUAGAAAAAAUGGAAGAUGUUGAUAUUUCUGAACAUUUCAUUGAGGAAAAUGUAGUUCAUGACAGGACAUUGUACCUGAAAAAUACUAAUGUAAAUGACUUGAGAUAUCCAUCAGAACAUAAUGGUUUUCAUAAUUCUUCAAAAACGGAAGAAUCACCUCAAUUUCAUGAAGAAUUUUCUAAAUUGAAGAAACAUGAGUGUAACCUAUGUGAUUAUGCUACAAAUCAAAAAGGGCAUCUCAAACAACACAUGAACUCUAUUCAUUUAAAUUUGAAGGAACAUAAGUGUCACCUGUGUGAUUAUGCUACAAAUCGUAAAUGGCAACUCAAUCAGCACAUUAGUAGCAUUCACAUGAAACUUAAGAAACAUAAGUGUCAUCUGUGUGAUUACGCUGCAAAUUUAAAAAAUCAACUGAAAGAACAUCUAAAUUCAGUCCACUACAAUUCGAAGCAACAUGUGUGUCACCUGUGUGAGUUCGCUACAAAUAGGAAAUUGAAUCUCGAAAGACACAUAAAAUUAGUCCAUGUAGAAUCUGUUCAAUUAAAUUUGAAGGAACAUAAAUGUAACCUCUGUGAUUAUGCUACAAAUCAGAAGGGACAUCUCAAUGCACACAUGAAUUCUGUUCAUUUAAAUUUGAAGGAACAUAAAUGUAACCUGUGUGAUUAUGCUACAGUUCAUAAAAGACAUCUCAAUGAACACAUAAAUUCUGUUCACUUAAAAAUGAAGGAUCAUAAAUGUCACCUCUGUGAUUAUGCUACAAGUUGGAAAGCAUAUCUCAAACAACAUAUAAAUUCAGUUCAUUUAAAAUUGUAUGAACAUAAAUGUCACCUGUGUGAUUAUGGUACUAAUAGAUAUUUGAAUCUCAAACAUCAUAUAGAUUCCAUUCAUGUAAAUUUCAAAGAAUAUAACUGUAACCUGUGUGAUUAUUCUACAAAUCAGAAGGGACAUCUCAAUGAACACAUGAAUUCUGUUCAUUCAAAUUUGGAGAAACAUAAAUGUAACCUGUGUGAUUAUGCUACAAUUCAUAAAAGAUAUCUCAAUCUACACAUAAAUUCUGUUCACUUAAAAAUGAAGAAUCAUAAGUGUCACCUGUGCGAUUAUGCCGCAAAUCAGAGAGGGCAUCUCAGAAAACAUAUAAAUUCAGUUCAUUUUAAAUUGUAUGAACAUAAAUGUCAUCUGUGUGAUUUUGGUACAAAUCAGAAAGGGAAUCUCAAACGACAUAUUGAUUUCAUGCAUUAAAAAUUGAAGAAACAUAAUUGAUCAAUAUUAAUUAACGCUACAUAUUGGGAAAUAGAAUCGAAACAACUUCCUUUUAUUUAAUGUUAUCUCAAAGAAAAAUGAGUGUCAUCUGGUGAUUACACUUUGUUUUAGAAGUGAGUUCAGAAGAAGGUUUAGUGAAAAUAAACCAAGCUGUUCGUUUGAAUAUGGAGCUUAAAUGUAAUGUGAGUAUACCACAAAUCAGAAAAUAACAUUAAAACAUCAUAUACAUUUUAAACAUUGUAAUUUAAGCAAAAUUUGUGAAUAUAUUACAAAUCAAAAAAGGGUAUUAAAUGUUUUUAUUCUAUUAUGAAUCAAUUCUGUUUUCUCCCUUUCAAAUGUCUUAGAGAUAAAUACCCAUCUCUCUGAAUAAAGUUCUAAAUGUUCUCUUUAUGGUCAUUUAAAAUGCUUGAAAUAUUAUUCAAAUCAUUAAAUUUGGUCUGAACUAUGGAAAUAAAGUGAGAUUGUAUAGAAAUUGUUAUUAUUAUCAAUUAUUAUAACUUUGUAUUGUGAUGAGCUUUCAUUUGAGCCUUUUCUAUCAAUAUAAAAUUGUUCAUUGGAAAUUUCAUCAGAAUAACUUGACAUUCAAAUGAAAAUAUAUAGGAUUUGCACCACUAAUAAUAUGUAUUCACCUUUUUCUGUCAUUAUUUUUAAUUUUAUAUUAUUGUACUUUGAUUAAACAAAAACUAUUUCGAUCUAAUAUCAUUGUACCAUAUAAUGGAUUCACUGCUAAGUCCUUGAAUAAACAUGAUGUAGUUCAAAUUACAUGGUUAGAACCAUUGGAAUCGAGCAAUCAAUUUUGACUAAAUCAACUUUUCAUCUUAAUAUUUACACUUUAUCAAGGCAAGUGUGUUUAGUCGAAUGAAGAUGAUCAGUUUGGGUAGAGAAUAUUGGGAAUUUACAGUAACUUUGAAAAAUGAAUAAAAUCUAAUAUAUAAUUUGGAUAUGUACCUUGUGAUGUCUUUUAUUUGAUGAGUAUACAAUACAUAUAGUUUUUGAAUAAUAAUUGGAUAAUCAUAUUGUCAAGUUGUGUCGUAUAGCAAACAAUUAUCAUACCUUACUUUAUUUGACUGCUAACUGUAAGUAUAUAUAAUAUUUUAUUUAUUUAAUCAUAUUAUAAACUAUUUUUGAACAUUA